AUGGAGAAAUUCCCCAAGAAAAUCUGGCAGUCGUGGAAGGUGGAGCCGCUGCGCUUCGAGGAGCGGGAUAUCGAGCGGGCGCGCACGUGGACCGUCAAGAACCCUCGCCAUCGGUAUGAGGUGUUGACGGACGACAAUGCCAUGAACUACGUCGAGGAGCACUUUGGUCCUUCCGGGUACAAUCGUCCGGAUAUCGUGUCGACGUACAAAUCGCUCAACGCUCGCAUCAUCCAGGCGGAUCUGCUGCGGUACUUGGUCAUGUAUGUGGAGGGCGGCGUGUACACGGACAUUGACGUGGAAGCCAUCCGGCCCAUCGACACCUUCAUCCCCAAACGCUACGAUGAGCGGGAUGUCAACAUGGUCAUUGGCGUGGAGACGGACGAACCCGAAUUCAAAGACCACCACAUUCUCGGUUCCAAGGCGCAGUCUUUUUGCCAGUGGACUUUCAUGUGCAAGCCUCGCCUGCCUGUCAUGAUGCGGCUGAUUGACAACAUUCUCCUCUGGCUUCACGACAUUGCCCAGGAGCAGAACAAGCCCAUCUCCGACAUUGAACUGGAUUUCGACAAGGUCCUCAGCGGGACUGGCCCGUCGGCCUUUACUGCCGCCAUUCUUGCGGAGAUGUCGGAAUCUUUGGGCGAGCCGGUGACAUGGGAAGUCUUUCACGAUUUGGAGGAAUCGAAGCUGGUUGGAGGCGUGCUGGUGCUGCCUUCUGAAGCCAUGGCCGCCGGAACAGGCCACUCGCAGUCCGGCAAUCACGGCGGACGCGCGGCGCUGGUCAAGCACCACUUCCACGCCUCUUCCUGGCCCUCGCAGCAUCCUCGCUACCGCCACCCCAUUUACGGCGAGGUGGAGCGCUGCAACUGGGACAUGGAGUGCGUCAAGCUGUGGGACGCGAACACGGCCUUCUUCAAAAUGCUGCCCAAGGAGGAGCAGUUGAAGAUGAUUGCCAUCAAGGACCUCGACGCCGCCAAGAUGGACCCCGACGGCGUCGACCACCCCGAAAUCGCACCGCCCAAGGGCCAUCCGCCUACGCAGCCGGUCGGCGGCAUCCCCGGUCACAUUCUCGACAAUCUGCUCGACGAGGUAUCGCAUUGA